AAACAGCAUGUCGUCUGCGGCUAUUAAACGUCCUGUGUUCAGAAUGCCGCAUUUACGAUAUUUUGUGGAUGACCAAUGGUUGAUCAAGGUGUCCAGCCCUCGGAAUCCCUAGAGUGACUGCUCUUCUUAACAGCAGAUUUUCACCGCGUACAAAUAUCUCCCAUAAGCCAUGAUAAUGUGACGGUUAUCAGCUUAGGUUUUCGGCGCGCGGGACUCCACCCGUCGUUGUGGCUAUGGUCGUGGUGGUUGGGAAAAAGCCGAACAGAUCAUAUAUCUAUCGGAUGGUCGAAGCGGCGUUGGACGUUGGAAGCCUCGUGUUGUCACUUGAUGGUUGAUGGCAUCUGCUAGUGCGGCUGGGAUUGCCCUCAUUUGCUGGCCACGAACUGGUUCCCCACUCAGCCUUAAAUCAACCACAUCCCAAACACGAAGUCAUGGCUCGUUGGUAGCUUAUCCCUAUGGAACUUUUUGACAGGGUGUUUAUCUUGUCUCCAUUCGAUGUCAGCGGCAUUCAUCAAGCCGCCCUGCUGUGAUAACUACCUGAGACACGCAUCCUGGCCUCGGAACUACUCGUGUACAUGUACACACACAGCUGCCAACUGAAUCAACUUCUCCAACCCCGUGUCCCGUGUCGUUGAAAUUCGAAAGUUGAUGCUGAAUAGGGCUGGUGAAAUUUUGAAAUUCUUUUUUCUUGCGUAAUUUCCGAAAUUUAACGUCAAGAAAAUCUCGGAAGCCAAAGCACAUAUAAAAUGCGAAGGUGCUUUGGCUAGCCCCAGCUGGCCCGGACCCAGCAAAGUACCCAGAAGGGGAAAGAAACGCGGUUGGCUGAAGUUCGACUGGCGACUUUACUCGAUCGAGGGCUUGGCUAUGAAUGGAUCUUUCUUGGUGUCUCGAAUUCUUACCAGGCCAGAUCCAAAUAUGUUCUCACAUUCGCUGGAAAUGUUUGCUCUGCUAGCACACUUCGACAAGCUAGUUUCAGUUGCAGGAACGAGCUGUGCCUAGCAACUCAGAUGGCGCUGAUAGCGUGGAUCGACGAAGUUUUCGCUUCCAGUUCGGCGCUGUGGUUCACCAAGUUUCAUUUUUAGGUUUACCUCCUCCUCGUCACUUGUCAAAUACGGGCAUCAACAGGUUGGCUGGCAUUGGCAGGAAUGCAGCCGUGAGAUUUAAUCUAUGGACAAAAGGUAGAGGUAGAUCUUCGUAUAAAAUAAGCAAGCUGACAUGUACAAAGGAACUCCCCCGGAGUUGCGUCUCUUCCCACUUUAUCAAAUCUUACUGCAUAUAAAGGAGGCUUUCUACCCCUGUUUCAUGGUUGGAUUUUCUCACUGGAAAUUCUCAAGCCUAUCUAGCUGUCUUGAUUUAAUUGACAUCCGUUCCGAACCAUAUUUCCUGACUGCUAUCCUUCACAUAGCCACAUUCCAAUCCCAACGACAAGACUCGGACCACCCCAAAAUUCGAUUUUACAAAUGUCUUCCUCUACUUUCUCUCUCAAAGGGUUGCUACUCCUAGCCAUGACCUUGGGCGCACUCGCCAACCCCCUACCGGGUCCCAAAGUCGGAUGCGUACAGUGCGGCCCCAAAACUUGCAUCAAGGGAGAGGUGUGCUGCAACGAGAGCUGCGGCAUUUGUGCCCGGCCGGGCCAGGGGUGUACUAAAAUGUUCUGCCCACCAACGCCCGUCAAAUGUGGGACAACCACCUGCCCUCAAGGCGAGGUCUGCUGCAACGAAAGCUGCGGUUUCUGCACUCCGCCUGGUGGAAAGUGCACGGAGCAACAUUGCGAACCAGCUCAAUGCGGUCGGAGGGUAUGCCCUGCAGGCCAGGUGUGCUGUAAUUCCAGUUGUGGAAUAUGCACUCCUCCGGGUGGGCCUUGCACUCAGCAACUUUGCGUUCACAGUUAUGACGACGCUGGAAAGCAGAACUAAGAUGAUUCAAUCAUGCUUUGGAAUACUUAGUUUUAUGGUUAUGAACUUUGAUAUUCUGGCUGCAGGAAGCUUUUGGCUGCGGGAAACAGUUACAGCUAUUUUGUCUUUAAAGAGGCCCGGUCUUGGAUGGGUGGCUUUACUUCGAAUUACUCUCCUACUCGUGUUGUGGUCAGUUCGAUAUGAGCUAUGUAUGGCACAUGUACCCCCACGCUGCAUGACAUUGUUACGAAGUCAAGAUUUUGCAAUGAAAAAAGAACUAUUCUUUCCAUUAUUGCUACAGCCUACUCUACUUCAAGUUAUUUAUCUUCCCUUUUCUUCAUAUGUUUUCCAGCUAAUCCCCGUAUUAUUGAACAACUAGUUUGAGAAACGCAUGAAAGCGUAGAGAAUUUACAUUAUUUAUAAACAGAGAACUGAUUCGCAGAGAAUGCUGCGGUGCCAAUCUCGAUCUUCCCCCUCUAUCCAUGCGUUAGAACUCGGCUUUAUGACUAUAUACCGUUACUUGAACCAUUUUCAAUAGUAAAAUCCAAUCUCACAAACUAUAGCGCAAAACUGUACAACGUGAUAUGAUUCUGUUUCUUCGACUGUUUUGUUGCAUGUCAUUUUCAUCGACGGUUACGCGCCAAUGGUGACAUUUUCGUCUCUUUUUUACAAAAAAUACAAGUAAUGUUGCGAUGAUAAUUUCAUUGUGAUGAGAUACACUGAAAUCUGAAAUCUUAUUAUGAGAGC